AGUAAAUCAAAAUGGCCACCCAUCGUUUCAGCGACUGAAUGUUUUCAUUUCCGUAGAAAAUAACAUUAUCAAAGAAAAGAAGAAUAAAUCCAAGAUAACAAUUAAAAUGAGCGGUCGCUUCUACCACAGUGACGACAAAGGGUCGUCUCGAUCAACGCGUGAUGAUUCUAGGAGUCGGCCGUAUGAGCGAGAGCGCAGAGAGGGCUCCCGCAAACACACUCGCUCGCGGUCGCGGUCUCCGAGGGCCCGCCCGGAGCGCUCCCGGUCCCCGCGGCCGCGCUCCCCCGACGCACGGAGCCGCCGCCCGGAGCCCGACAGGCGACGAGACCUGAGCGAUGACCACCGAAGGCGCUGCAGCUCGUCGCCUGAGGAGGAGAUCCCCGCGCCGCCGCCGCCGCCGCGCAUCACUAAGGUAGCUCCAAUUAAGAUGAGCUUAGGUGGUGCUUCCAAGUCAACUGUAGCUCCUAAGCCCACGGUGGCGUCGGUCUUCAACAGUGAGGAUGAUGAUGAGCCUGAAGAGAUGCCUGCUGAAGCCAGGAUGAGGAUGAGAAACAUUGGACGUGAGACUCCAACAUCUGCUGGUCCCAAUUCCUUUGGUAAAACCAAACAAGGCUUCUGCGAUGCCAAGAAAGUAUUUGAGAAGAAUCUGAAGGAAGCCCUGGACACAGCCCAGCGGCCGGCCGUCCCCAAGUUCCCACAAACCAUUUACAAAUUGAAGUGACCAUUGCCUUUCUAGUAUUGAGACUCCAAUCUUUGUACAAAUUAUGUCAUUUUCUGUAAGAUAGCUUGUCAUGUAAGUUUAGAAAUCUUUUUGAAAGAUAUUUUAAAUGUUGUUU